AUGAACCCCUCGUUCCCCGCCAUGCUGGGCACCUCCCAGUCCGGUCCGCUGCACCGGCCGUGGGAGAGCCUCCCGGAAUCCCCGCAGCUCUCCGCCAGCGACCCCGGCGGCCGUCCCCUCGCUGCAGCCUCGCCGCGCUCCGCCCCGGCCGCGCCGGGGGUGCCGGCCUCCUCCGCCGGCAAGCACAACCUGGCCAACACGGCGCACCUCUACGCGCCCGCCUGCGGCUUCUCCCCGGCCCACCUGGGCCCUCCGGUGCCUCUGAACAGCCCCUACCUCCCGGGAAUGGUCCCCGCUCCUCCUCCACGCCGCGCUCCGACCUCUCGGCGGGCCACGCCACGGCCUUCCCCUUCGCCGCCUCCCCGGAGGCGUCGCCGGGGGCCUUUACGAAGACGCCCCAGUCCCACAGCGUCUUCGCCGAGUAUGAGCAGAAAAGCGCGCGAGCGGGAGAGUCGGUGCCGUUUUCCCUCCGCGAGAUCCCUGAAUGCGGCGCUUCCCAGUUCGGGUAACCGCGAAAAAGCGCACCCUGCGCCGGUUCCGCCGGGCAGUUACGAACGGCUGCGGGCCGCGCUGCACCACUCGGACGGCAGCGACGUGGAGAUGUCCGCCAAGCAGAGUCGGCCGCGCAGCCGCCAGUCCACCGGUCCCCCCAGCAUGACCGCCACCCCCGGCGGCACCCCGACCACCGCCCCCACCGGGUCCCAGAGCAGCAGCUCCUCCCGGCGCAAACGCAAACCGCCGCCCAUCCGCAUCGACUCCUCCAUCUCCAACUUCUCCCACUCGCAGCGCCAGUCCCUGGCCGCCUCGGCCUUGGCGCCGCGCUCGGCCCCGCCCAUCCCCUCGCUCCCCACCAAACGGGAGACGGCGUCCCCGGGCGCCGGGGCGCUGUAUUCGCCGCUGGCUAGUCCCUUCAUGACUGGUGCCUUUCCCUACAAAUUAUUCGGAUCAGAGUACGCCGCAUACUACCCGCCCUACUGCGCCACGCCCCUGGCCGCGCCCUUCAGCCCGGUGUACGGCGGGCAUGUCCCGUACAGCUUCCCGGGCUUUGGGAUGCCGAUGGGGGACCUCGGGAUGGGCGUGAAGGCGGAGCAGCUGAUCCCGGGCAUACGUCUCGGCGCCCGGCUCCGGUCGGGGUCGACGUCCAGCUCGGGCUUCGGAUCGGGGUCAUUGGACACCCUGCAGCCAUCGCACUCUGCCCACGGUCCAUCGCGGCCGCUGCCGUUGUCCGCCGGCUAUUUUCAUUCCCUGGCGGCCGCUCAGCAAGCCAGCUACCCGUUUCCCAAGGGACCGCAGAAUGGCAGCGGGGCUUUUGUGUUUCUCUGUUUUUUUCCAGGCACAUCGCUCAAGAUCCUCAUGGGCGACGAUGUACCGGCGGCCGUCGAGUACCAGCGCGUCGAAGCGUACCAGCUCAAUAACGUUGAUUUCGACGUGGGCGCUAAUUUCCGGUUGAUGGACUACGUAAAAAGCGACGAGCAGGUGGAGCUGAACCUGAAGCCCGUCGGUCACUCUGGCGAAGCGGCGCAGGGCAGUCCUCUAGGCAACACCCGGGCCCCGUCCCACCGGCACUCGAGCCGCGGCGCCCUGUGCCUCCGGGCGUUGUGUCCCACCUUCCACCCCUUCUACAAUCACGAGCGCGGCUGGUUGUCGCUGGAUCCGCUGGCCACGCUCGGCGUCCUCGGGCUCAGCUGCCAACAACUCUCCGUCUCGGACGUCAUCAGCGCGCAUCCGCCGGAUCUCACCAGUGCGGUCUUGCUGGCCGGCGUCGGCAAUAUGCCGUUCGGGAUGGGCUGGCCGCACGCCGGGAUGGGAGUCGAUCCGUCCAGCUAUCCGACUGAACAAACUCGUCUGACGAGAGGACCGAUGGAGGGAACAGGGCCGACGCCGAACGGUCACUGGCAGAUGACGUCGCCGACCAUGGGGAACGGCGGACUGAUCGAGAACCAGUUGCUGCCGGGGAACCGGCAGCCGCGCAUCCGCCACAAGGACAAGAAGCGCGAGAAGGAGCGCGCGGGCGCCGGCGACGACAAGACCAAGCGGCCGAUGAACGCCUUCAUGCUCUUCGCGCAGCGCUACCGCGUCGUCUACACGCAGCAGUUCCCCGGCCGCGACAACCGAGCGAUCAGUUGUAUGUUGGGCGAGCACUGGAAGAAGCUGAGCCACGAGGAGCGCCAGCAGUACACGGAGCAGGCCAAGCAGCUGGCCGUGACGUACAAGGAGAAGAACCCCAACUGCUGGAAACGCCGCUCCAGCAGCCGCUCCGACUCGGACGCGCAGGCGAGCGCUCACAGUCAAAGCAGUGCGCCGCUGAACGUCCUGACACCGACCACCACCACCGCCUCGGCACUCAACGCGCUGGUACUGCUGGAGAACGGCAUGGAUGCCCAGGAAGAUCCAGGGUGGCAGGGCUCGUCGGACGAGCAGUCGCCGCUGGCUGAAGUGGACGUCACGGGCUGCGAGGGGACGGCCGGAAGACGGUCUCGUCGGAGGAGGAGAACGAGGAGGCGGAUGCACAGGUCGACGCGCGGCGCUUUCCCUGGCAUGCCAAGCAGCAGUGCCGGCUGGCGUCCAACGGGAAUUCCAUGGCGGAGUUCGCUUUCAGCAACCAUGCGCCCAUUGCUCGCAGUCACGAGUUGAAAAGGGAACCUCAUCAGCCACCGGGACCGUUGUGACCAACACUGGCCGUUGGAGUCGUAGCGCUAAAGUUUUGAAUUUUUGUACGCUUUUUUAUUUACUAGUAUUGUUUGCUUUUGUGAAUUAGCCAGGAUGUGCAGGUGUGUGUCAUGUGAAUGGCUUUUUAAAUGUUG